UUUAAAAUUAAUACAAUGACGUUUCUCUUUAAGGGAACAAAGAUUUCUGCUGGGAUCUACUGGGAAGAAACUGAGAAGAUGGAGAUGAUGGUGUUUUUGGCUGCUCUUCUGCCCGUUGUUUUGGGCUGUGAUUGUGGUCAUGAUGUAGACAAACUGGUCGACUGCUCUGAUGUCUAUAAAUCAGGAGAAACAGUCAGUGGGAUCUACUCCAUCUAUCCAGCAGGUGACAUUCCUGUCUGGGUUUACUGUGAGAUGAUCUCAGAUGGGAAAGAUGAAGAUAAUGGAGGAUGGACGGUGAUUCAGAGGAGAAUGGAUGGCAGUGUGAAUUUCUAUCGGCCGUGGAAUCAGUACAAGAGAGGAUUUGGGAAUGUGAAGAGUGAAUAUUGGCUGGGGCUGGAGAACAUGUACCAGCUGACACGCAACAGGAAGUACAUGCUGAGAGUGGAUCUGGAGGACUUUGAAGGAAGGAAAGGUUUCGCUCUGUACUCGUUCUUCUCUGUGGAUUGUGAAUGUGCUGGAUAUCAGCUGCAUGUGUCAGGAUUCACUGAUGGAGGAGCAGGCGACUCUUUAUCUGGCCAUAAUGGAUUCAAGUUCUCCACCUUUGACAAGGACCAAGAUACUUCAGAUACUAAUUGUGCCAAACAGUAUCUGGGGGCAUUUUGGUACUCUGCGUGUCACAAUACAAACCCCAAUGGUGUGUAUUUAUGGGGUGAAGAUCCCACCCAUUAUGCCAUUGGUGUGGCUUGGUCAACAUGGAAGAAUUACGCAGUCAGUAUGAAAUCCAUCAGUAUGAAGAUUAAACGUGUGUCUUAGAAACAUUACAGUGCUUCUUAAGGGAGAACAUCUUACCUCAUUUUCUGAUAUUUUAAGGUUUUCAUUCCUCUCU